AACUAAUGAGAACAUUAAAGUUUAAUAAAAUACGUACAGAUAUAUUUAAUUGCAACAUUUGCGUUGGUAUAUUAAAUGUUUCCGAUAAAGUAUUAUUUAUGGUGAGAAAAUUUCUACAAGAAUGUCGACAUGCUUAAUUGUCCUUAUAAAGUGUGUCCACUAGAUAACAACAUGAUGCAAACAACCAUAAAUAGGGGGGAUGACCCUGUGAAUAGUUCAGACGAGGCUGCUGAUAAUUCCAACGCAGCUGCUAGGCCUACAAGAGACGAACAAUCAAACAUGUCUGACAUCGAAGUUACAGAAAGUGACAUCGACGCCAUUGGCGAUAUUGGAACGGCAAUUCGAACGUGUAGGAGGCAUAAAAUUGUCUACCAGAAUUUAAAAAACAUAGAUGUGCCGAGUUUGCGAAUAUUGCUUAAAUUCAGUCUUCUUUGUAAAGGAACAACACGGGCAGAUAUUGAAGACACGUUGAAUAAGGGGCAACAUGCGGAGCGCUCUAGAAUGGACACUAUAUGCGCAUUGUAUAAAGAAGCGUACCAUAUGAUCACUGAAAACGGCAUUAUUUUCUCGGAUAUUUUAAAGUUUUACCAACAUUUUAAAACUGACUUUACAAACUGCAUUGCCAAUCUUGAAAAUUACAGAUCUCCGAUUUUAGUCCUAGGAGAAACCGGUGCAGGUAAAACAUCGUUUAUCAACCUGUUGCUAGGCGAACGUCUUCUGCCAACCAGCCUGCUUAGCAACACACACACAAUCUGCGAACUGCGUUACAGUCCUUCAGGCAAUCUUGAAGCAGAAGUAGAAUAUGUUGACAAACCAAGAGAAGAGGUUGUUAAAACAUUUAAUGAUAAAGACAAUCCAAAUACAUUUCUUGAAAUCUUGAAAGCUGAAGCAGAGAAGGAAAACGUCCGAAAGAUACUGUUACAAGGGCCAUUUCAAAUGUUAAAGAAUAAUGUUGUCAUUGUUGACAGCCCAGGAGUAGGUGAAUCCGAAGAAAUUAAAAAUAUAACUUUGGGCUACGUCGAGAAAGCUUCAGCUUUCGUUUACGUCAUUGAUAUGAUGAAUGCUGGAGGGGUACAACAAAGGAUGCAAGAGUUUAUUGAAGAAGUGAAGAAGAAAGCAAAUGAAGUAUAUGGUGUCAAUCUUCAGAAAGCAAUCUUCGUGUGCAAUAAAUGGGACGAGGUACCAACACACGAAAAGACAACUGUAAUCAAAGACACGGUCGAGCGAUUAAAGCAGCUUUGGAACGGAUUGGAUGAAAAACAGAUAAUUCCAUUUUCAACAACAGAGGCACAGUGGAUACAGGGCCAAGGGGCAGUGGCUCCUAACUUCAGAAAAGUGUUGGACAAACUUGCAGACCUGAUUCCUACUGCCCAAUACACGACAACACUAAAGGCGCAAACGGGGCUGGGAAAAGUUUUGGAGAAAAGCUUACAAAUAGCAAGCACACAUAUUGAAAACUCUCGCCUUAAUGAAGAGCAGCUUCGGGUGAAGACAACAGAGGCUGAAAAGCGAUUGGAGAAUCUAGAGGAAAAGAAACAUGUGUUUAUAUCUCGACAAAGAGAAAACGUUAAGACAAGAAUUCACACGGAGGCUUCGAAAAUAUACGAUCGAGUAAAUACAGACCAAAUAAAAGACAAAGUGUGCAGUUUCGAGGACACAGCUCUGCCGACAGAUAGUACAUGGAACGAUGCUGCUGCAAAUAUUCGUACUCAGAUGUUUGAGAAAAUAUUAAAAGCAAUGAAUCUUCAGAACUUAGCUGAGCACAUAGAGGGUCAAAUUAAGAUUGAGAUGGCAGCAGAAAUUCCUUCUUUUCAAUCAAUGUUAAGUAGUUUGCAGGUGAAGUUAUCGGGCCGAGAAGAAACUUUAAUUGAAGAGAAGAUCACUCGAUUUCUUCCGGAAUACGUAAGAAAAGUAUACGGUAAGUCUGUUGGAAUGACAAUCUUGUUUACUCCAGCUAUGCCUUUUAUAGCUUUGAUAAGAAUGCCAGUAUUCCUUGUUCAGCGAUUUAAAGAGUCACGUGAAAUGUCGGCAAUGGAACAAAAAUAUAUAACUGCUAAAGGGAGAAAAGAGCAAAUCAAAGAAGUGUCUGUUCAAUACGCAAAGUAUGUAUUUGAGCAUGUUGUGAACAAAAUGGAAAUACAAGCACUAGCUACAGAAACUAUGCAAGUAUGCUACAGUCGUAUUGAUGAACUAGAGAACGAAAUGACACAGACCUUAAAGAGUGAUAGAACAUUUAUAAGAAGCUUUCCUGAUACACAUAGAGAUAUUCAAUCGGGACUUGCGAAGAUACAGGAAAUUAGCAAUAAACUUCAACGUCUGAAAACGGAAGUCGAUGAUUGUUUCAAAACAUAAUUAGGGGUACGACAGAAUCAGAGAUCAUAAUUUGCUCAGGCUUCAGACAUUGGUAGGUUGCUUGGCUUGAAAGGAGUACAAAUCUAAUAAAAUAACAUCCCACUUGAUUUUUACCAACUAUCCGAACUUUGGAAGUGAAGUAAAUGCACGUGUGCAUCAUUUAGCUUAUACUCUUUAUCAGCUUGUUUUAUUUGAUUGAAAAGUCCAUUUUUUGUUACAAAGAAAUUUUACUGUAAAAACUAAAUGUUAAAUUACACGUUGGGAUCGAAUCAUUAUUUCUUCAAUAUAUUUAAUUUGCAUUUCUUUGUUGUAUAAAAUGUCCAAAGCUUACUUUAAGAAGUAUUUUUGCUUUUUACUAAUAAUUGUAUCAUUAUGUUUUUUAUUCAAAUCUAAUAAAUAAUUACAAAUAUUGGCUACAUAAAUAUGUGUAUCUGAUCGAAAUCAUGAUGUAAACAAAAUAUAAUAUGUAAAAAUAUUACAAUGUAUUUUCAAAAUAACUCUCAAGUUAAUCAAACAAGUCAUAUCGGCUGCGCUUUACCUUAACGUGCGUUAAAAAUGAUACAGUUUAAGAAUAAACAUAAUAAUCAGUUACUUUCAAAAAUCAAAGUAUCGCACUUGCAAAUCUGAAAUAUUAAUUUUUAAUUCCUUAAAUAGUAAAUCAAGUGCAUAAAAAGACAAACCAAAAGCUAUUUUAUUUCAUUUUAAUUGGCGCAAUUGUCUUUUUGAGGGAAAACAAUUCGAGUAGCUAUUCAGGGUCGGAAUUUUGUAGUGUGUUUGCGUUUUCUGCUUGUUUUGAAAUUAUACACAUGCUGCUAGUAUAUUAUUGUGGUUUGGGUUUUGAACUGCGCAAUAUGUAAAAAAUGUCGCAUAUAUAGCAUUUCUAGUCAUGACUUAUUACAAUUUAAUAUAAAAUGACAUGUAUUGUAUGACAAAAAUCAAUACUUGGUAUUUAUGUAAUUGCACAUUCAUUGUAACAUUGCCGUAUUGUACAAUCUUGUCAACAAUUAAAAUCAAGAAAAACAAAUAAGUAUACAUUACAUUUAUAAUACGUUCUACGUUCAUUGUUUACUGUCCUAAAUUACUCAUUAUUAAAAAUUUACUGACAAAUAGUGUGCAUUCAUAUUUUGAUUUUAAUGUAUCCAUUGAGACGAACAUAUUUGAUGUAUAUGUUCUUUUUCGCCAUGUUGACAUUAUCGUUGGUCAAUAAACAAUACAUACAUAU